ACGUGUUUGGAUGAGCGUUAGUGACGGGGUGCCUCUGCACUUUGUUUUCCUUUUGAUCUUUUAUUAUUAUUAUUAUUAUUAUUUUAAACCUAUUUGAUCGUUAUUUUGAACGCUAUAAUGGACGCGGAUUUAUCAGGUGGACCUGGCGGCGGAACAAAUCCGAGCCAUGUGGGCAGCGGCACCGGGAGAAAUGCGAACGGGCCGACCGUGUCUGUAUCCGCGCUCGCAGCCGGGGCGAUGCCUGCAUCAUUCCAUCCGCGGGAACAGCAGGAGGGAAACGCAGUGGGCCUGUCGCUACCGGGGAUCUUACAUUUUAUCCAGUUCGAAUGGGGUCGUUUCCAGGCGGAGAAAUUUCGAUGGGAAGCCGAGAGAGAUGAACUUAGGGCGCAGGUGGCAUUUCUGCAGGGAGAGAGAAAAGGGCAAGAGAGCAUGAAGCAAGAUCUUGUGAGGCGGAUCAAAAUGCUAGAGUAUGCCCUUAAACAAGAAAGGGCAAAAUAUCAGAAAUUGAAGACUGGUACUGAUCAGAGCCCCGAGAAGAAGCCUGACACUAAGAGUGAACCAAUUCCCAAUGGACAAGAAGAAAUUGACAGCGAGACAGCGAACCAAAUGGCGUGGAAGGACGGCCGCCAAUUGUUGCGCAAGUACCUGGAGGAGGUGGGUUAUUCUGACACUAUACUGAACAUGCGCUCUAAACGAGUGAAGUCUCUCUUGGGUAGCUGUAACCCGGAGGUAAAUGGGCCUCUGCCACAAGGUCCUUCCCCAGAACCCAAACCCUGUGGAGGAAGAGACUCUCUACUUGUACGCCAGAUAGAGGAGCAGAUCAAAAGAAAUGCUGGAAGAGAAGGUUCUACUGAGCACACUGGUAGGUCACUACUGGAUAAAAUUCCUUUCCUGCGUAGCUGUGAUGGUGAGGAUGACAGUGAUGAAGAUGACGAUUUCCAGGGAAUAGCCACAGAUUGCAUCGAUGGACCACAUAAAAACAAAAAACCCAGAGGCAAGCCUUUCGGAGAACCCAUGGCCCCAGGCCUAGACCCUGAGGAUGAAGAAGAUGAGGAUGACUCAGAAGAUGCCCUCAGCGAAUUUGAUUUCCUAGGUUCAGGAGAAGAGGGCGAGGGGGCUGGCGAGGCGUGCAUUUCAGGAGAUGGCCGUGAGCUAGGUUGCACUCUCGGCUUCUCAUCUGAUGUCUUCAUACUGGAUACGGUUGGAGGAGGGGACAUAAAUCUUGGCGAGUUGGCAGACCUUACUGUUGCUAAUGACUUCAACAUUGAUCAACAGGACAGCCAGGAGGAGUUUAAGAAGAUCUGGAAUCCACGCUUUACCCUCCGAAGUCACUUUGACGCAAUCCGAUCACUGAAAUUUCACCCUUCUCAGCCUGUGCUAUUGACGGCUUCCGAGGAUGGAACACUAAAGCUCUGGAACCUGAACAAAACAAUGCAUUCAAAGAAGGGUGCAGCACUGGAUGUUGAACCUAUUUACACUUUCCGAGGACAUAGUGGAGCAGUCCUCUCUCUAGCCAUGGGCGAGGAAGGGAAGUACUGCUACAGCGGAGGUCUGGAUGGAAGCAUACGUUGUUGGAAAAGUCCAGAUCUUAAUGUGGAUCCUUAUGACAACUAUGACCAAGGGGUGGAGAGUGCUGUGUUAUUAGGACAUGAGGAUUCCGUCUGGGAUCUGGCAUAUUCAUCCACCCUGAAACGUCUGGCCUCCUGCUCAGCAGAUGGCACUGUGCGUAUCUGGGACGCCCAGAACUCCACACCCUGCGUAGCCGUUUUCAACAAAGGGAAAGAACAUGAAACUCCUACUUCCAUCGCCUUUGGGAAUGUGGACACGUCCCAGGCUGUUGUGUCCUUUGAUAGUGGUGAGACAGUCCUCUAUGACCUCAACACGGAGCAAAGCAUCAUGGUCCUAGAGACCCAGACAAAGGAUGGCAAUCAGCUGAUUAACAGCGUGGUCAGCCAUCCGUCCCAGCCCAUCUCAAUCACCGCUCAUGAGAACCGAACCAUCCGCUUCAUGGAUAACAAGACAGGGAAAGUGAUUCACUCCAUGGUGGCUCAUCUAGACGCCGUCACCUGCCUUACUACUGACCCUAAAGGCAGUUAUCUCAUCUCGGGCAGUCACGACUGCUCCGUCCGCUUGUGGAUGCUGGAUAGUCACACAUGCGUGCAGGAGAUCACAGCUCACAGGAAGAAGCACGACGAGGCGAUCCACGACGUGGCUUUCCACCCUUCACAGCCCCUCAUUGCCAGCGCGGGAGCCGAUUCCCUCGCCAAGAUCUUCAUUUGACCUUCAACUGCUGAUUCUCAGCCAACGUGGGUUAGUGUAAAAAGGGCUUUCUCCCGAACCGAAAUAUUUAACACCGAGGUUGGUAUAUAAGCCUGGAAAGCAGAACACUAGUUGCACACUACAAACGUUCUUCCUGUAAUUCUAGCAACAGUGAUGGUGCACCAGUAUAAACAUCGCAGGACGAUACUGGUAGCGUAAAGAUGAACUUAUCCUGACAUGUCCUCACCUGGCUGAAAAUGAAAGAUAUGACUGUAAAGGGAAAAAUGUCAAAUGUUUAGGUGAAUGGGUUAUUACAGUACUCCAAAAUUCUUAAAUUCAGUAUUCCUAAAAUAAUUAUAAUAAUAAUAGUAGUAGAUAAAUAAAAAAAGUGAAAAGCAGCCAUUUAUAAACAAUUGGCAGUUGAAAUACACAAUGUUCAUUUAAAAUCAGAAGUUUACGUUCACUUAGGCUGAAGACUUUUUUUCACAUCAUCUUUACCCAGGACAUAAGCAAUUUUUCCAACAAUUGUUUAUCCAUAAAUUAUUUUACUACAUCACAAUUCCAGUGGGUCAAAAGUUUACAUAGACUCAGUUGAUCGUGUCUGUAGCUACCCGUUAAAGCUCAGAGCAUCUAUAGGGCAUAUAAACGUUUUAAUAAUUUUUUUUUUUAUAUUAUUUUAACCAACUAUACAAAUAAACACGACUGAGCAAAAAAAAAAAAAAA